AUGGGUGAAAACAAACCAACUUCAGCGACUGAUAAGAACCGAAGGACUGGGCACUGGCUUAAUCACGGCAAAAAACACUGCUUGGUAAGACAAAUUGACGUAAACCGUUACACUUGUUCUGUGUGUGUAUGUGUUUGUGCGGGAGGGCAAGGGCAAGCAUGUAACUUGUUUCAUCUGGAUUUAGAAAAGUACCAAACGGUUCAAGGGCAAUCAGGAACAGUUUCGUGAUUCAUAAGAUACUGGGAUACUUGACGUGUUCGAUAUUAGUAAAACUGGCUGCCGAAAAUGAACGAAAAUGACUGAGUGUGUCUGCUAUGAAAGAAUGUGGUCGUACGUAUGAAUACGGGCACAUUUUAGGGGGUUGAAUUAACCUGAUUCUACUGUAUUGCCAAGGCCGGUACAUUGAUUCUAACUAGGCAUUACGUAUUUUAGAACAGUCCUCCAUUGAGUAAGGUCUAUACAAAGGGCAGUAUGAACCAAUGAACCAAAAGCUUGAGGUUUUGGUUUGUUUGUAGCCUGUGAACAGGCCUUUGGUCGAGUGGGGUGGGGAGAGGGAAAAGCAAAAAGGCCUGUAGACAAACAUUUGGGACCGCCGUUCCACGGUACCCCUGUGCAUCACAUUCUGAUGCAAGCUCCUAAAUUUUAGGGUUUGGUUUUUUUGCUGCCUUUCAAGACGGCGUUGGCUGAGUGGGGGGGGGAAAGCGGAAAAAAAAGAUGGCCUAAAGAAAACAGUUGGGACCGCCGUUUCAAGGUAACCCUCUGGAUCUCAUUAUGCUGCAACCCCCUUUUGACUCCCCCCCCCCCCCCCUUUCCCUUCUCUUGCCUCGCUAUUUUUUCCCCAAGUAGAGAGCCUGUUCACAGGCUAGUUUGUUUGGUGUUAUCAGUGAUCGUUAGUUUCUUUUAAUGUCGACUUCUUGGCUUAUAAGGAUGUUUAUUCUUCCUGCAGGUUGGUGUAAAAGGAGCAUGUAAGAACUUUAACCGAGGUCUGGAUUGUGACGUGCUUGUUGCUGAGGUUAGUGAGGAAUUGUCAAAUCCCAAAAUACAAAAUUCAGGGAUAACCUUAAGAAUUUCACCCCUGCGUGAUAAGAGAAUAUUUAUUUAUUUAUUUAUUUACAUCCUGUGUUUGAUUUGAAAAGUAUUAAGAAAAUCUUUAUUCUAGCAACCAGCGUUAUGACUAUAGAAAACUAAGAAGACAAGUUUGGCAAGGAGUCUGAGAGACCAAGUUUACUAACCAGUUUCCCCGCGGCCCAAAAUAAUUGUCCUAAUAAGAAAGCAAGAUGGGAGGUCAGAUGAUAAAUAGCACUUUCAUCUCGUUAUUAUUAUUAUUUUUCUAUUCGUAUCCAGAUAUUUUCAAAGACGAAGUUUUUCCCUCCAUUUUCAAAAAAGUACAGGUCCACACGUAUCCUAUUCAAACUGUUUUCGCCCGUAUAAACUAAAACGCUAAAACGAUGAAAACUCGAUAGCGUCCCUUCGGAGCAUGUGCUGCAUGCUGUAUGAUAUAUGACAUCGUCCGUCCAAACGAAAACGAUAAGACGGCGUUUUCAAAAACUGAAAAAAGUCCACUCUGGUGCCCGUUUUCGAUACCUGCGCUUUGUGCGCCCCAAAACGCCGGCCGCUUACGUGUGUACGGAAGGCUAAAACAGAGAAAAAAUAUUCCUUUUUCUAAACUAUCUGGAUACGUAUACCAUGGGCAGGGCCUAAGAUGCUUUCUUCUCAGUAGAAAGCAAUAAUUAGUUAAUAAUUGGCUGAAUAAAAUUGCUUUCCCAAGGUUCGUCAAACAAGUCACAAGCCUGGUGAAAUUUAUGGAGUGAUUGAACGGCUUGCACCCGGGACACGAAAGAUU